GUUAUCUACUUCCAGAUACCGAAUAGGGGAAGAGGUGCUCCGAGUAGAGCUGUGGUUUUACAAGGCAGGCAUGAAAAUAGUAAAGGAAGCCUUGUAUCAAGGUUUCCGAACGGAAAGGGAUUUGGAUCGGUGCGCGGGAAUUCUAGAUCCAUUUCCGGAAUGCUAAAUUCAUUAGACAGUAAGCGUAUCCACGACAAACUCCAAAGCACUGUGGGUAAAGCGUUGGGUGGAAGCGGAAGUAGUAAAAACAACCUGAUCAGCCAAGCUCUCCGACGAAUUUCGAAAAUAUCUGACUUGCAUUCAAUGCCUGGACUUCCUGUCGGGACGCUGUCUGGUCGAGAACUCCCGACAAAUCAUCACAAGUCUACAGCAGCCACGAAGUCUCGACAUAUGAUCAACUCAGGUAGAAGAAUGGCUUUCCCUGGAGGUAUGUCAAUGCGGACAAGGUCACGAGCGUUGGGCAAACACCGUAGCUGGCAGCGUCACAGAGGUGCAAACGUGAUCACUUCACGCAAAGCGCACCGGAAUCAAAAUGGCGGUGUAUCCAUGGCACGUAGAACAUCUCACAGGUCUUCAGGGUCAAAGGACGUUCACUUUAAAAGAAGCCACCCAGGUGUCAAUUCCUUACAGCUCUCGAAACUUGCAAAUGGAGGUCACGGUCAUCUGAGAAGCAGGGCAUCACGAAAAGGCAUUCGUUCCUCUCUAGAUGUACCAGGGCAUGGUUCGGCAAGAAUCUCUAAACUUUCUUCGAACUCUGUAGGUCAGGGUGCAUCAGACGCUCAGCUGAUCGCGUCUCUUCUCGAUCAGGGGAGCGGAUUUUCCCAAGGUAUUGCCUCUUUGUUGCCAAAUUUUGUUGCCACGGAACCAAAAAUCUUCCUAGAUAAACAGGUCCCCGCGCAGAAUGCUUACCCACAGAUCGUAGUAGGACGACCAGAACCUCUUCUGGCCGCGCCGAUACUUCCUCUUGCCUUAGGCUCUGAUGGCCAUGUUCUGACGUCAUCGAACACACAGGUUAAACAGGUGCUCAAGUCGGUGUUAAACACGCUCUCAAGUUCCAAGUCACUUUCACAACAAGGAAUCGGUGCCCUACUGCAGUCGAUAAGAAAUGUAGUGGAGAGGCAGAAAAAAUUAUCAGCUUCCGGCUUCAAAGGCGCCAAAAUAGAGCUCUCACCCAUCAUUCACGCCGGGUCGAAAGCGGUAUCGACAGAAAAUAUCAUCAAGAUCCAGGAGCCCGGGAGCGUGUCUCCCAUAGUUUUAAAGACCGGGGGACAACUGGAAAUCAGCUCUGGGGUGAAUGGGAAUCCGACUUUUAAAAUUUACGGAUUCGAUCCUUCAACCGGAAGAAGUUACAGGGAUGACACGGAAUCUGAUGACGAGAAGAAAAUGAGGAAGAAACAUUAA